UUGCAAGCCUCUCUGGUUUACCGAGUCGGACCGCGACGCCCCACGACGCCAGACGCUGGCCAGCCGCUCUGGUGCACCGAGACUCGCGCCGCACCGCCACAUCGCCGACCUGGACCGUGUGCUGCGAGGACGUCGUCGACGCCAUGUCCUGCCUCGAGCCUGAGCGACGCUGGGCCUAGGCAGGACCGCCGGACCAUGGACUGGAGGCCAGGGCCACCCCUUGGGCCACCCUGUCCCCCCGAAGGGCGCGCCGAAGGGCCCCACCGCGCUGAGGCCCCCGCAGCUCCGACUGGACCAUGAGCAACAAGAAGCCACCGGGGCCACCCGGAGGCAACGGCGCGGACGACAAGAAGGCCAGCAAAGAUGACGACGGCAACGGGGCGGCCGCGGCGGGCGACGCGGCCGCCAAGCCCGGGUCGGCGGGCGCCACCAGCAGGGACGCCGCGCUGCGCCUGCUCGCCAUGUGCCAGAAGGGCGAGUGGCCGCCCGUGGACCAGGCAAUCAAGAGUCUGGAAAAGGCCGUGGCCGCGGCCCAGGCGGCGGCGCAGCCCGGCGAGGACCCGCCGCACCUGCCGCUCAUCGGGGUGGCGGACCCGGCGACCGGUAUGACCCCGUUGAUGUACGCCGUGAAGGACAACCGCACGGCGUUCCUGGACCGCAUGGUGGACCUUGGCUGCGACCCAACGGCAAGGAAUCAGGACAACUACAAUGCCCUCCACGUGGCCGCCAUGUACUCCAGGGAGGAGGUGGUCAAGCUGCUGCUGCCGAAGAAGGGCGUGGACGUGUACGCUCCGGGAGGGCCGCGGAGCCAGACGGCGGUGCACCUGGUGGCGAGCAGGCAGACGGGCACGGCCACCAGCAUCCUGCGCGUGCUGCUCAACGCCGCGGGCAAGGACAUCCGCCUGCGACCCGACGGGAAGGGCAAGAUCCCCCUGCUGCUGGCCGUGGAGGCGGGCAACCAGUCCAUGGUGCGAGAGCUGCUGGGGCAGUCCUCGGCCGAGCAGCUGCGCGCCACCACGGACCACGGCGACACCGCCCUGCACCUGGCGGCGCGCAAGAGGGACCUGGACAUGGUGCGCAUCCUGGUGGACUACGGGACCAACGUGGAUCUGCCUAACGGAGAGGGACAGACUGCGCUGCACAUCGCCUCGGCGGAGGGCGACGAGACCCUCGUCAAAUACUUCUACGGCGUGCGGGCGAGCGCCUCCAUCGCCGACCACCAAGACCGCACGCCGAUGCACCUGGCGGCGGAGAACGGGCACGCCAACAUCAUCGAGCUGCUGGCGGACAAGUUCCGCGCCUCCAUCUUCGAGCGCACCAAGGACGGCUCCACGCUGAUGCACAUCGCUUCGCUCAACGGCCACGCCGAGUGCGCCAUGAUGCUGUUCAAGAAGGGCGUGUACCUGCACAUGCCCAACAAGGGCGGCGCGCGCAGCAUCCACACCGCGGCGCGGUACGGCCACGUCGGCAUCAUCAACACCCUGCUGCAGAAGGGCGAGAGGGUGGACGUCACCACCAACGACAACUACACUGCCCUACACAUCGCCGUGGAGUCGGCCAAGCCCACCGUCGUAGAGACGCUGCUGGGCUACGGCGCGGAGGUGCACGUCAGAGGCGGCAAGCUGCGCGAGACGCCGCUGCACAUCGCGGCCCGGGUCCCCGACGGCGACCGCUGCGCGCUCAUGCUGCUCAAGUCAGGCGCCGGGCCCAACCUGUCCACGGACGACGGCCGCACCCCCGUGCACGUGGCGGCGCAGCACGGCAACCUGCAGACGCUGCUGCUGCUGCUGGAGGACGGCGGCGACCCGCUGCUCAAGGCCAAGAGCGGGGAGACGCCGCUGCACCUGGCGUGCCGGGGCUGCCGCGCCGACGUGGUCCGGAACCUGAUCGGCUUCGUGAAGGCGCGCCAGGGCGACGAGGCCGCCGUGCGCUACGUGAACGCCGUCAACGAGGACGGCGCCUCGGCGCUCCACUUCGCCGCGCAGAUCACCAAGAGCGAGGUGGAGCACCCGCUGGAGGACAAGCAGGUCAUCAAGCUGCUGCUGGAGGCCGGCGCCGACGUGUACCUGCAGGCUAGCCAGACCCUGGAGACGGCCUUCCACUACUGCGCGCUGGCCGGCAACAACGACGUCCUGGCCGAGAUGAUCUCCCACAUGUCGCCGUCCGAGGUGCAGAAGGCCCUGAACGCGCAGACGGCCGUGGGCUGGACGCCGCUGCUCAUCGCCUGCCACAAGGGCCACAUGGAGCUGGUGAACACGCUGCUCAACAACCACGCGAGGGUGGACGUCUUCGACACGGAGGGCCGCACCGCGCUCCACCUGGCCGCCAACCAGGGCUACCUCAACGUGUGCGACGCGCUGCUCACCAACAAGGCCUUCAUCAACAGCAAGUCGCGCGUGGGCCGCACGGCGCUCCACCUGGCCGCCAUGAAGGGCUUCACGCACCUGUGCCGCUUCCUCAUCCAGGACCACAACGCCAUGAUCGACGUGCUCACCCUCAAGAAGCAGACCCCGCUCCACCUGGCCGCCGCGGAGGGCCAGCUCGCCGUGUGCAAGCUGCUGCUCGAGCUGGGCGCCUCCAUCGACGCCACGGACGACAUGGGCCAGAAGCCAGUACACGUGGCGGCGCAGAACAACUACCCCGAGGUGGCGCAGCUGUUCCUGCAGCAGCACCCGUCCCUCGUGAUGGCCAGCACCAAGGACGGCAACACGUGCGCGCACAUCGCCGCCAUCCAGGGCUCGGUGCGCGUCAUCGAGGAGCUCAUGAAGUUCGACCGCGCGGGGGUCAUCUCGGCCAGGAACAGGGUGACGGAGGCCACGCCGCUGCAGCUGGCGGCGGAGGGCGGCCACGCCGACGUCGUGAAGGUGCUGGUGCGCGCGGGGGCGUCGUGCACGGACGAGAACAAGGCCGGGCUCACGGCGGUCCACCUCGCCGCGCAGAACGGGCACGGCCACGUCCUGGAGGUGAUGCGCUCCACGCAGUCGCUGCGCAUCUCCAGCAAGAAGCUCGGCGUCACGGCGCUGCACGUGGCCGCGUACUUCGGCCAGGCCGACACGGUGCGCGAGCUGCUCACGCACGUCCCCGCCACCGUCAAGUCCGACGCGCCCAACGGCGGCGGGCUGGUCGGCGAGCUGGGCUCCGAGUCCGGCAUGACGCCGCUGCACCUGGCAGCCUACUCCGGCAACGAGAACGUCGUGCGCCUGCUGCUCAACUCGGCCGGUGUGCACGUCGAGGCCAUCACCAACGAGAACGGCUACAACCCGCUGCACUUGGCGUGCUUCGGCGGCCACAUCACGGUGGUGGGGCUGCUGCUGUCCAGGGCGGCCGACCUGCUGCAGAGCGCGGACCGGCACGGCAAGACGGGGCUGCACAUCGCCGCCACGCACGGCCACUACCAGAUGGUGGAGGUGCUGCUGGGCCAGGGCGCCGAGAUCAACGCCACGGACAAGAACGGGUGGACGCCUCUGCACUGCGCGUCGCGGGCCGGCUGCUUCGAGGUGGUGCGGCUCCUGGUGGAGUCGGGGGCGCACCCCAAGGCCGAGACCACGCUGGGGUCGUCGCCGAUCUGGUUCGCCGCGUCCGAGGGCCACAACGACGUGCUGGAGUACCUCAUGACCAAGGACCACGACACCUACAGCCUCAUGGAGGACCGGAGGUUCGUGUACAACCUCAUGGUGUGCGGCAAGAACCACAACAACCGGCCCAUCGAGGAGUUCGUCCUGGUGUCGCCGGCGCCGGUCGACACGGCCGCCAAGCUGUCCGCCAUCUUCGUCAACCUGUCCACCAAGGAGAAGGAGCGCGCCAAGGACCUGAUCGCGGCCGGCAAGCUGUGCGAGAUGAUGGCCACGGAGCUGCUGGCGCUGGCGGCGGGCGCGGACUCGGCGGGCAGGAUCCUCACGGCCACGGACCGCCGGGGCACCGAGUUCCUGGACGUGCUCAUCGAGAACGAGCAGAAGGAGGUCAUCGCACACACCGUGGUGCAGAGGUACCUACAGGAACUCUGGCAAGGCUCCCUGAAGUGGGCGACGUGGCGGACCAUGCUCCUGUUCAUCUCCUUCAUCAUGUGCCCGCCGGUGUGGGUGGUGUUCACGCUGCCGCUCGGCCACAAGUACAACAAGGUGCCCAUCAUCAAGUUCAUGUCGUACCUCACCUCCCACGUGUACCUGAUGCUGCUGCUCAUGCUGGUGGGCAUCACGCCCAUCUACCCCAUCAUGCGGCGCACCCUCAUGCCCUACUGGUACGAGUGGGCGCUGCUGGUGUGGCUGUCGGGGCUGCUGCUGCUGGAGCUGGAGCAGCCCAGCGACAAGAGCGGCCUGGGCUGGAUCAAAUUCGCCGUGCUGCUGUUCGGCAUGGUGGGCGUCGGCGUGCACGUGCUGGGCAUGGCGGCCAUCGACCAGCUGUACUGGCCCACGCUCAUGUACGUGCGCAACCAGAUGUUCGCCCUGUCCUUCCUGCUGGCCUGCGUGCAGAUCCUCGACUUCCUCUCCUUCCACCACCUGUUCGGGCCCUGGGCCAUCAUCAUCGGUGACCUCAUCCAGGACUUGUCCCGGUUCCUCGCCGUGCUCGCCAUCUUCGUGUUCGGCUUCUCCAUGCAGAUCGUGGCGCUGAACCAGCCCAUCAAGAUCCUCAACAACCAGAAGGCGCUCAACGACUACUUCAGAGUGCUGCGCAACCACAAGCCGUUCGACGAAGGCCCAAUCCGACAUCGAGUGGAAGUACGGGCUGGCCAAGCUGAUCCGCAACAUGCACCGCACCACGACCACGCCGUCGCCGCUCAACCUGGUGACGUCAUGGCUGGUCUACCUCAUCCGGGCCUGCAAGCAGAGGAUGAUGCAGAAGAAGAGGCCCAGCCUGGUGCAGCUCAUGGGCAUGCAGUCGCGGUCGCGAGUCAGCGCGCGCACCAAGAUGGGCGCCAAGUGGCUGCAGAAGGUCAAGAAGGGGCAGGUCGCGCCCAAAGACUCGAUGACGCUGAGCGUGGUGCGGCUGUCGCCGCUGGGCUCGCAGCUGUCCUUCAGCCACAGCCUGGCGCGCAUCGAGUCCAUCACGGACUGGGAGGCCAUCGCCAGGAAGUACCGCGCCCUCAUGGGCGAGCUGGACGACCACGGCGGCCGCUCCGAGACCGCCGAGCCGUCCACCCCCGCGGCCCCCACCACCCCCGGCGCCAACGCGGCCCCGCAAGGGACGGCCGGGUCGCCGAGUUGAAGGGCGCGUCAAGGCCGAGGCCUGCACGGAGGCCUGCACGGAGGCCUGCACGGAGGCCUGCACGGAGGAGAGGCAGCCUCAGCGUUAAGCCCGGAGUGACUGGUGGUUCCGUGUUGCUCCGAGCAUAACGCGACGCAGCCGACCCUGACUCCGACCCCGCCCACGCCGUCCGCGCACGCCAGCGUGCCGGCAAUCACCGACGGGGAGCUCCGGUGGAUCAAAGCUCCACGCAGGACGCGGGGUCGGGUUGGCCGGUCGGGUCGGAGUCGGUGCGGCUCGGGUGCGCCGCCAUCCAGCGACACUCGCUCCACUCGCCUCCGUCGGCCGAUCGCCGGCAUUCGAGAGUCUCGAAGCUCGAGUCGAAUCGAGGCAGUUCGGGGGACCAAGUUGGCAAGGUGCGCGAAGACGCCAAGACGCCUCGUUUCUCGAUUAGUUUUGUGCCAAUGCUACCAGGCGCAUCAGAUACGGACGAUGUUGGGAAGACUGGCUGUUUCGCCUGUUUCUCUUUAGCCUGUUAAUGGAAAAAAAAUAUGGUUUAGUUAAUAUUGGGGUUCUGGUGAUGAUUGCGUGUAUUUGCAGAUUUACUUUUUUCAUAACGCUUUUCUAUUGACCAUUUAAAUCGUAUUGUGGAUGUCGUGUUCAUGCGGUCCAUUUCUUACUUGUCUUGUGACAUUUCUUAUAUAAGUGUAUAUAUUUAUUUACUAAACGGAAACGACAGAUUAGCCAAUAGUCUAUAAUAAAUGGUAGCAAAAUUUCUAUUAUUGUAUACGGAUGAAUUUUCAACUGAUGUUUUGGGCUCACACAUUAUAUACUAUAUUUCUAUUGUACUGUAAACCGAAAUUAUAUUAAUCUGCUAAAUUGUA